AUGCUGUUCAAAUCACUGAUCGCUCUUGCGGCCUUGUUGCCGGCCACCUUGGCUUGUCCUCACGAAUCACACCUUCACAAGAGACAAGCAGCGAAUCAGACCAUUGAGAACCCUGUUUGGGCUUAUGAAGCGAGCUUUAACUGGGGGAAGCUUGACCCUAUGUAUCAGCUCUGUCAGACCGGAACACAACAGUCGCCCAUCGCUUUGUCAUUGAGUAACGGUCUCUCCCUCAACCACCUUCCAACCUUUCACAACUAUACUGGAAACACGACCGGAUGGUUUAGGAAUUGGGGUUAUGGCCCGGGAUUCAGACUCGAUCGCAAUAAUUUGACCUCCAAUCCUUCGUUCAGCUAUGACAACGAGACCGUCUAUCUAGUCGGCUGGCAUAUUCACGCACCCGCCGACCACUCCGUCGGUGGUGACCGCAGCAAAGCAGAAAUGCACUUCGUCCAUGCCGAUGCUGGAGGCCACGAAAAAGCUGUCCUUGCCUUCCGCCUUGACCCCGGCAAUAGCGAUGCUGCUUUCUUCAGCCAGCUACCUCCCAUGAUCGGCUUCAAUGAGACCGGUGCCGAGUACGAGCAAGAGAUUGAGAUGGACCUUGAUCUUGCAUUAUCGAGUGUGUUGCAUUUCAACGAGUUCUGGACCUACCAGGGCAGUUUGACCAGCCCUCCUUGCCACGAGGGUAUCCGUUGGUUCGUCGCCAGACAGAUUCUCUUCACCGGGGUCAAGCAGAUGCAGGCAAUUCUGGGUGCUAGUACAUACAGCGCUAGAGCAGAGCAGGAGGUGUGGCAGCAUAGAAUCAACGAAUAA